CUCUUCCGCUGUCUGCUCCGGUGUGUUGGUUGCUGCAACGCGACUCCCGCUCAGUUCCCGGUGGAGAUUUUUCGGAAAGGAACUUGUCACCUUACCCCUAGUUUUGAAUGUGUGUGUGUGUGUGUGUGUGUGACUUCACCCAAUCGACACGAGACAACAAUGCAGAUGUAUUCCUCGCGCGACGAUCGACAACUUUUAUCACGUUAAGCGCGUGAAGCCAGAGAGGAUCUUUACACAACCAUUCCAGCAUUUAUUGGACACCAAAGGGGGAUAGAACCAGCCCUCUGUCCAAGAUGUCUUCCAGAGGUAAAAAUGACUUGUGUCUAAUAUGUGGGAGAGGUCUCCAGGGCAACCAAAGGCGGUGGCUGUUUGGGGGCCACAAAAAGAAGAACGGCCAGCCUCAGACCCCGACAGAGUCCCUGAGAGGAGGAAGCCCGUCCCGCUCCUCACAGAGCAGCCCCUGGGGCAGCACUUUAUCACUGAGUUCUUCAAGGUCUCUCUCCAUGUCCCAGUUAUCCCUGAGCUCCCUGUCCAAAGCAAUGGAUUUGCUCUCUGUGUUGACUCACAUACUGGGGCAGCCUGUACCGAGGGGGAGCGGGCAGGGGGAGUUUGUGUGUGGUAAAUGUGUAAGCGUCCUUGAGCGGGUCUUCAAGUUCGACUCAGUGAUUGCCAGGGUGCGGGUGCUUUCAUCUGAGAGGCUUCAGAAGCUGACCCAGGAGAGGGACAAGAUCAGACAGUGGGUGCGCCAAAGCUACCGCCAAAAACACCCAGGGGACUUCAACAGCAGGGGAAGCACCAGCGAAGAGGAUGGAGAGGGGGAGAAGGAGGGCUACAGGGAGAUGCUCAGAGAGAACAUGGCGCUCUCAGAGUACGAGUGCUGGUCCGAGAAGUGGGACACGUGUCCGUAUUUUAUAAAAACUGGUAAAAGAUGCAGGAAGGGCAAAUGCUGUGAAGGCUGUGAUUCUUUGCGGGUGUCUGACUCGGAUUAUGAGUCUGCUUGUGGGGUUCCUCGCCAUUUGCCUUUUCAACCCUUCUCCCCAUUGCCAUUGUCACGGGACAAAUCCCGAAGUAUGCCCGUUCACUGGAACAGGGUGCCAUCCAUUCGCUCCUGUUCAUCCUCACUGGGAGAUUCAACUCUAUCUUUACAAGCCUCUUCACGCCGGGUCCAUCCAGUCUCUGGACUCUCUCGAUGGAAACGACCCGUUUGACUCACCAGGUGUUCAUUUGUGCUAAAUGAGCUCCGAAGCAUUGAAGGGAAGCCAAUCAGCUCGCCUUCAGGGAGUAGGAUUCCAAUUCUGGGGAGGAAAGACGGGAAGUACUCAGGAAAAGUUGGAGAGACGGUGUCACCCAGAGUGAACAGGGUGCUGAGCUUUGGGGAGGUGGAGAACGGAGGGGAGGAAAUGGGCGGUGAAGACGGGGACGUUUUGACAGAGCUGAGAGAUGAGUUCAUGCCUCUUCAUCGAGAGAGCACUUCUGGAAGGGUUCAACAUGCCGGCAAGCACCUGCGAGGCCAGCUGGACCAAGCUGUUUCCCGCAUCAGGACCCUGGAGGCCGAACUGAAACGUGGGAGAAGCAAACCAGCUGAAGUCAAUGGAUCAGAAGAUUGGGCCCCGUUGGUCCAGGAGAAAGGUGGCAGUUCCCUGCUGCAGAGCCUCGGUCACUCCCUGCGCAGCCGGGAGCGUCUGAUCCAGGAGUGUAUGGGUCUGAUCAGACGACUGUGUGUGGAGGAGGGAACCGGGGCAGAGCUGGCCAACAAGCUGACUGAGAAACUGAGUGAGAAUCUGAAGGAAGCUCUGUCUGACAACAAGGCCUCCCUGGAGACUUUGAGGUCUGAAUUAACUGAGAGAGAGAAGAGUAUGGAGAAAGAGAUCGAGGCCCUGAGGAAGGCUGGAAGAGACCGAGAAAGAGAUCUGGACACACUGAACACUGUCCUGCAGUGCAACCAGGAUAUUAUCAAUGAGCUGCGAGUGGCUCUGGGGGAGAAGGAGCACCUGCUGAAGGAGGUGGAGAAGGAGAGGGAGGUGUGGAAACAGAAGGACCGGGCCCUCGCUACUGUCCUGCAGGAGAAGGAGGCUCUGAUUCAUUACCUCAAAGAGGAGCGGGAGAAGUGUCAGAAAGAUGCACAGGCUCUCUCGGGCUCUGUGAUUGGUCAGGAUUUGGCCGGGGGCGGGGCUCAGCUGGCAGCCUGGUUGGAGGAGAGAGAGGGAAACAGCGCUACCUUGUGCAACGAGGUCACCAAACUCACCACAGCCCUGCAGGAGUACCAGGACAUGGUGCAGACUCAGCAGGAGAGUCACAGUCAAACGGUGUCCUCCUUGACAGCUGAACUCAGAGGCACUCGGCAGGAGCUGAGGCAGAAAGAGAAGGAGAGGAAGGAGGCGGAUAGAGCCGUGCAGAACCUCAGGCAGGACGGAGAGAGAGCGGAGAGGAAACUGAAAGACAGCCUGGAGAAGAGAAAUAAACUCAUCGAGCAAAUCCUGUUGGACGCAGAGGAGCGAGACCACCUGUUCAAAGAGCUGCAGCAGAACCUGCAGAACAAACGUGAACCUCUGACUGCCGUCAAACACACACUGUGAGGACUACUGACCCGACAAGAUGCAAACUAACUGCACAGAAAUGGAGGAUUACUUUUGCACUUUCUGCACUACCCUUUCGGCUUUUCUGCAUAUUUAUCAUUGUGUACGUUAAGUUUAUUUUUAUUUAUCUUUUUGAGGUUCCAUUUUCAGACCUGCCUUGUUCUGGCCAAAAGGAAGCUUUAUUUUCCUACAGAUGCUGGAGUGAAUCGUUUCAGUAAGAGUCACACAGCUUGAUUGUUUUCAGUGUGGAGAUGUCAGGUUUACCUUUUUGUAAAAUACUUGAUUUAGAAAAAAAAUGAUUACUGUAUUUAGGCUAGUUGAUUUUGAAUGUAAUGGGUCUAAUGGUGAGGCAAUGAUUAGACUGCAUUUCAUGCAGUGGGAUUUUUGACAUUUCUGAAUGGUGAUUGUUAGUCAAACUGAGGAUCAUUAAUUUUGUUGUUAAAACUUAAAUUUAAUUUUGUAUUCUGUAAAGCUUUUUGCAGUGGUGCCUUUUUACUUCCUAUGUAGCCUAAAACAGAGCUGCCAUUUUUUUGGUUAAGCUUAACAUUCAAAGAGGGGAACACGAGGGACCAAAAUAAUAUUUUUAACAGCUUUAUGUCUCAUCUUUUAUUUUGGAUCUAUUUUCACUGAUCUUAAAUGUUUACAUGUCUUGUUAGACUAAAUACUGAAGAUGUUAUCUUUAUUUUAAUUCAAAAGAAUAAAACACUCUGAACCAAAA